UUUGACAAAUGCCAAUUGCCAUUAGCCAGCAUUCAAAAAUGUCGGUUAUUUGUUUAAUUUAAAUGGGACUUGUUGAGUUUUUAUUAACGUCUUAUAAAAUAUAUUGUUCAAGUUUAAAGCAUUAAGUACAUUUAUCGGUGACAAAUAAUUUUAAUAUUAUGCCACGUACCAAGCGACCCACACGAAAUGUUGAAAAAACUGGUGAAGAUGAUGACGCUUUGAAAAAGUUAAAUAAACAAGUAAUUGAUCUCAAAAAUAAAGUAGACUCCCGAGCAAACAUGGAGCUUCGAAACGUUGAACUUGCUUUCAAAAUACUAUUAGGUUCUAUCAGCGCCAAUCUCUUACAGAAAACUGUGGGACAGUUGAAGACAGAAUUGCAUUUCAAAGAUACAACUACACAUUCGAGUAGAUCGGCCUCUCAUGACGAUGGGUACCUCACGGAGAAUUCAUCUCAAGGUUCUGGAGAGCGACAUGCUAAGAAAACAUUCCUUGCUCCCCCGUCCACUGUCCGUGCUCGUCGUUCCCGGUCGGCGGACGCGUCGUGUCGCUCCGUCCGCGGCAUUUCCACCACCGGGCGCUCCACAACCGCCUCCACCGCCGGCCGGCGUCGCUCGCGCUCCGUGUACCGCACGCCCGCCUAUAAUAAGAACGCCGCUCUCAACUAUCCGCCCAUAACACCCAAAGUGGACCCCCAGACUCCGCUGACAGUCCUCCGCCAGCCUCGCCAGGGUGAGAUGGUGGUCUCCAUGUCUGGAUCCCCCGUCAUGGUGCCAGCCUGCUACUCUAUGCAGCCGUCUGAGAAGGCGACCUGCAACAUCCUGCUUCGUGACGGCACCACUUUGUCUCUGCAGCCCAAGCAGCUGAGACAGUCGCAGGCCUACAUACCCUUCACAUUGAUGGACUCACGUGUACUGGACCAGCUGAGAACACUGAAAGAUAACUUGGAUAAAGUAGUGAAGCUCGGGGAGAAGGUCAUAGUGCAGUAGACACGAUAAU